AUAUUUUCUAUCGACUAUGACAUAAAAUUAUAAACAAAAUGUAAUUAAGCAGUGAGAGAAUUGCACUAUGGGUCAAAGUCAACAUGGCAGCUCGCAUGUUUGCAGUGGAUUACAGAGCUUAACCACUAUUACUGCUUAAUUAGCUUGUCAUUGCAGAAAAGGGUAGCGCAAUGAUUCAUCUAGUCUGCUGUCGUAUAAACACGACUGUUCCUGCGCUAUUACUGCGUAGGAGCAGUCAAACGGCGGAGUUUUACAAGCUUUUACGGUCCCCAGAAUCUACCAUCCCCACACUCCAGUCCAGCAAUGCAGUCCGUCAUUUUAAGAGUCUGGCUCAGAGAACAUUUUUGCGCUCCCCCAAGACCCCCAGACCCUCCAGAUCUGCCCUCCGCUUCAUCCUGGCUCCUGCCCUCCUCACUGUAUCCGGACGAAUGUUUUGUAAAGUCGCCUAUUGUGAAGCAGACCUCAACAACAAUGAAGUAACAACACAGACUGGACCUAAAGACACUCCUCCUGAAUUUAACUGGCAUCUUCUCUGGGAAUUUGUGAAACCUCAGCUUAUUGCUCUUAUUGGUGCUGUUGUGCUUGCAUUUGGUGCUGCUAUUCUCAAUAUUCAGAUCCCCCUGAUGCUCGGGGAUUUAGUGAAUGUUGUGGCGCGUUAUCUCAGAGAACAAGCUGGAAACUAUGUCCAUGAGAUAAGAGUUCCUGCGCUGAAACUGCUCGGGCUGUACGGGCUGCAGGGCCUGCUCACCAGUGGCUACAUCAUUCUGCUGUCACGGGUGGGAGAGAGGGUGGCAGCUGAUAUGCGAAAGACUCUGUUCUCAUCUUUACUGAGACAGGAUGUGGCUUUCUUUGAUGCCAAUAAAACAGGGCAGCUGGUGAAUCGUUUGACUGCAGACAUUCAAGAAUUCAAGUCGUCCUUCAAAUUAGUUAUAUCUCAGGGCUUAAGGAGUGUGACGCAGACAGUCGGGUGCUUUGUUUCUCUCUACCUCAUCUCUCCCAAACUCACUGGUCUUACUGUGGUGGUCCUGCCCUGCUUAGUUGGAGGAGGGGCUCUGAUUGGGUCACUACUGAGGAAACUGUCCCGAGCCGCCCAAGAGCAGGUUGCCAGAGCUACCGGUGUGGCAGAUGAGGCUCUUGGAAAUGUGCGCACUGUGAAAGCGUUUGCCAUGGAAGACCGGGAGCUUCAAUUAUAUGCUCACGAAGUUGACAAAUCCUGCGACAUGAAUGAAACGCUUGGGAACGGAAUAGCCAUUUUUCAAGGACUGUCUAAUAUAGCACUGAACAGCAUUGUACUAGGAACUAUUUUUGCUGGAGGUACUUUAAUAUCAAACAAUGAAAUGUCCCCUGGAGACCUUAUGUCCUUCCUGGUGGCUUCCCAGACAGUACAGAGGUCACUGGCUAGUAUUUCUAUCCUGUUUGGGCAGGUGGUGAGAGGAAUGAGCUCGGGAGCGCGUGUUUUUGAGUACCUUGCUUUACAGCCCACCAUUCCAGUUAACAUGGGAGGCCGAAUCCCCUACCAUUCACUCAUCGGGAGAGUGGACUUCAUGAAUGUCUCUUUUUGUUAUCCAACCAGACCUGGCCAUCAAAUUCUGAAGAAGCUUAACUUAACUCUGCCCCCCUGUAAAACGGUUGCCAUUGUUGGAGAAUCAGGAGGAGGUAAAUCAACUGUGGCUGCUUUACUGGAGCGCUUUUAUGACCCCAACAAUGGAGUGGUUAUGUUGGACGGACUUGACAUACGAACUCUGGACCUGUCAUGGCUCAGGGGUCAAGUUAUUGGCUUCAUUAAUCAGGAGCCGGUGUUGUUCGGAUCUUCCAUCAUGGAGAACAUCCGCUUUGGGAAACCCGAGGCUUCAGAUGCAGAAGUGGUUAAUGCAGCCAAACAGGCCAAUGCUCACGGCUUUGUGAUGAGCUUCCCAGACGGUUAUAACACAGUGGUUGGGGAGCGAGGAGUGACUUUAUCCGGGGGUCAGAAACAGCGCAUAGCCAUCGCCCGAGCUCUCAUUAAAAACCCCACUAUCCUGGUGCUAGAUGAGGCCACCAGUGCUUUGGACGCAGAGUCAGAGAGAGUGGUCCAAGAGGCACUGGACCGGGCCACAAGGGGGCGCACCGUGCUUAUCAUCGCGCACAGGCUCAGCACUAUCCAAGGAGCCGACCUCAUAUGUGUGAUGAGCAAUGGAAGGAUAGUAGAGGCUGGGACUCAUGUGGAACUACUGAGCAAAGGAGGACUGUACGCUGAUCUCAUCCGCAGGCAAAGAGCAGAGGAGCAGAAAUGAACUCCCUAAUGGCUUUAUAGAAAUGAAAGACAUGUGGAGUCAAAUGGUACUACACUGCUGCAGAUCGUCACUUCGUCUGUAGAUGUCCCCAGAGGUAGAGGAGCCUCUGGUUUCUCUCCUCAAAAGCGUGCACAGAAGAUAAAAUACUCCAGCUAAGGUAGUCCUCCCAUGAGUCCUCCUGACCAAGGAUCUAUCCUGACCAAGCUCAGCGCAAGAUCUAGAAAUGGUUCCCUGGGUGCUGCACUGUGAUUACCUCCUCCUGACAGGAUGCCCCAGUGGCUCUGAUGGAUGGGUCAAAUGCAGAGGACAAAUUCCUCUACAGGGAUCAGUAAAGUAGUACUUGCCUUUUAAACAUUUGGAACUAAAAACGCUCAAUGAAAUAGACUAGUAGACUAGUCUUUUAAAAAUCUGACUUUAGGCUGUAGUAGACAAUAUGAUAUAAAUUCACUUGUCAUGUCUAGACAAUACAAAGAAACAAAACAAAUAUGUACAUAAAAAGCACUAAAUUAUAAUCAGCGUUGGGAAGUAAAAGAAUAUAUAUACCGAAAAUACAUAUUCUGAAUGCUAAUUUUGAGUAACUGUAUUCAUUGGGUGGUAUUCAGAUUACAGUUACUUUCCUAAAUUAAAAGGAAUACAUGGUGGUACUUCAUUAUAUAAUUUUGCCUUUAGACUGCACGGUAUUAAUGAAAAAAAAGAAAAAGAAACACCGCUCUUGCAGUGUGUACGAUGUGAGGUUUUUCAUCUCUAAUUGGACAUGAAUUAAUGAAUAACAGUGCUAUAAAACUAUAGUUCUUUGUAAUUACAUAUGUUUUUACACCAUAAUAUAAUGUACUGUAAAAGUUGUUGAGAGAGAGAGAGAGAUCCUGAUGGAAACUGAUGGAAAGUGUAAAUGUUGCUGCAGCAACAUUUACACUGUGUGUCUCUUUUAGUUUCCUUUGUGUCUCAGUCAAAAGUGUCAGUGUUGUUUAACAGGAGGACUAGUCAGGUAGAUCUUCUGCUGCCACAUUUGGUGUAAAAAGCUUGCAGCAUUUGCAUUUUAAAUGUCCAUA